CAAAGUUCAUAAACGACACCAUAACCAAAGGCUAUGCAAGCAAGGUCCCGGACAACGACUUGAAGACCAGCGAAGGAAAAGUGUGGUACAUCCCUCAUCAUGGGGUGUACCACCCGAAAAAGCCAGAGAAGAUAAGGGUCGUGUUCGACUGUAGCGCGAAAUACAACGGCGUCUCACUCAAUGACAAGUUAUUGCAGGGUCCUAACCUCACUWACUCCCUAAUAGGGGUCCUAUCUCGCUUCAGGCAAGAGCGAAUCGCUUUCAUGGCCGACAUCGAACAAAUGUUCUAUCAGGUUCAAGUACCAGGACACCACAGGGACUUUCUUAGAUUUCUAUGGUGGCCCAACGGGGAUUUGGAUGCUGACCUAAAAGAAUUUCAGAUGAAUGUCCACCUGUUCGGCGCCGUAUCGUCGCCAAGCUGCGCCAACUUCGCCUUGAGAAGUGUCUGCGAAGACUACGCAGCAGACUUCGACACAGAAACCAAGAACACCAUCAAGAAGAAUUUCUAUGUUGACGACUGCCUGAGAUCCGUCAAAGACAAGAAGUCAGCCAUAAAGUUAGCGAAAGAYGUCAAGGAUAUCUGUGCAAAGGGCGGCUUCAACUUAACCAAGUUCGUCUGUAAUGACAGAGAUGUUUUAAAGUCAAUCCCCGAAGACCAGAGAUCCAAWGAAGUAAAGACCUUGGACUUGCAACAAGAUGAGCUACCCAUCGAGCGAGCGCUAGGUGUGCAAUGGUGUGUAGAAUCAGACAAACUCGGCUUCCGCGUCACCAUCAGCGAGAAACCAUUCACGAGAAGAGGCAUACUAUCAUCUGUCUCUUCAAUCUACGACCCUCUUGGAAUCGUAGCACCGUUCACUCUUGUCGCAAAGAAAAUAGUGCAGGACCUCUGCCGUGAUAAGUCUAUCGGUUGGGACACUGAAGUUCCCGAGAAGUUCUUGGUUAGCUGGGAUAAAUGGAGAAAGCAGCUUCCACUACUGGAGACGCUCGCUCUGGACCGCUGUCUUACACCUGAUAGUUUUGGUGAGGUGACUUCUCGAGAAGUACACCUAUUCUCAGACGCCAGCUCAACGGGUUAUGGAGCAGUUGCAUAUCUUCGCCAGCAGAACGACAAGAAUGAAGUGCAUUGCUCAUUUCUCUUUGGUAAAUCCCGCCUUGCACCCGUAAAGGCUACUACCAUUCCCCGCCUAGAGCUUACAGCAGCUACCGUCUCAGCACGAGUAGGCCAAAUGCUUAAGGAUGAACUCGACAAUAAAGCUAUCUUUGAAUAUCACACAGAUUCCACUACGGUGCUUCGCUAUCUAGCCAACCAACACACCAGAUUCAAAGUAUUCGUGGCAAACAGAGUUCAGACCAUCCUCGAUUUUUCAGAGAUUCACCAAUGGCGGUACGUGGGUACGAAAGACAACCCAGCUGACGACGCUUCCCGAGGGUUAGAGGCGCAAGAUCUUCUCGGCAAUCAGCGUUGGUUAAACGGACCUGCAUUCCUAUGGAAGUCAAAAGAGGAAUGGCCAGAGCAACCCUUUACUCUAAGCAACAAAAUCGACGAAGCUGACCCGGAAGUCAAGGCACCUGUCCUCAGUGCAGCCACGAAAGUAACCCACGAAAUUAGCGACCCAGUCGAUCGACUCAUUAGGCACUACUCCGAUUGGUACCGACUAAAGAAAGCCGUAG